AUGGUACUGCGAAUAACCCACAAGAACAAUGGUCCCACCAAUAACCUUGCAACUACAGACAAUGGUACCACCAAUAACCUUGUAACUACAGACAAUGGUACCACCAAUUACCUUGUUUCUACAAAUAAUGGCACCACCAAUUACCAUGUAACUACUGACAAUGCUACCACCAAUAACCUUGCAACUACAGACAAUGGUACCACCAAUGACCUUGUUUCUACAGACAAUGGUACCACCAAUUACCAUGUAACUACAGACAAUGGUACCACCAAUAACCUUGUAACUACAGACAAUGGUAAUACCAAUAACCUUGUGUCUACAAACAAUGGUACCACCAAUUACCUUGUAACAACAGACAAUGGCACUACCAAUAACCGUGUAAAUACAGACAAUGGGACCACCAAUAACCUUGUAACUACAGACAAUGGGAAUACCAAUAACCUUGUAACUACAAACAAUGGAACCACCAAUAACCUUGUAACUACAGACAAUGGUUCCACCAAUACCCUUGUAACUACAGACAAUGGUACCUCCAAUUACCUUGUAACUACAGACAAUGGCACCACCAAUAACCUUGUAACUACAGACAAUGGUAAUACCAAUAACCUUGUGUCUACAAACAAUGGUACCACCAAUUACCUUGUAACAACAGACAAUGGCACUACCAAUAACCGUGUAAAUACAGACAAUGGGACCACCAAUAACCUUGUAACUACAGACAAUGGUAAUACCAAUAACCUUGUGUCUACAAACAAUGGUACCACCAAUUACCUUGUAACAAUAGACAAUGGCACUACGAAUAACCUUGUAACUACCGACAAUGGUACCACCAAAAACCUUGUAACUACAGACAAUGGUAAUACCAAUAACCUUGUGUCUACAAACAAUGGUACCACCAAUUACCUUGUAACAACAGACAAUGGCACUACCAAUAACCGUGUAAAUACAGACAAUGGGACCACCAAUAACCUUGUAACUACAGACAAUGGUAAUACCAAUAACCUUGUGUCUACAAACAAUGGCACCACCAAUAACCUUGUAACUACCGACAAUGGUACCACCAAAAACCUUGUAACUACAGACAAUGGUAAUACCAUUAACCUUGUAACCACAGACAAUGGUACCACCAAUAACCUUGUAACAACAGACAAUGGCACUACCAAUAACCGUGUAAAUACAGACAAUGGUACCACCAAUUACCUUGUAACUACAAACAAUGGUUCCACCAAUAACCUUGUAACUACAGACAAUGGUACCACCGAUUACCUUGUUUCUACAAACAAUGGCACCACCAAUUCCCAUGUAACUACAGACAAUGACAAUGGUCCCACCAAUAACCUUGCAACUACAGACAAUGGUACCACCAAUUACCUUGUAACUACAAACAAUGGUUCCACCAAUAACCUUGUAACUACAGACAAUGGAACCACCAAUAACCUUGUAACUACAGACAAUGGCACCACCAAUAACCUUGUAACUACAGACAAUGGAACCACCAAUAACCUUGUAACUACAGACAAUGGUACCACCAAUAACCUUGUAACAACAGACAAUGGCACUACCAAUAACCGUGUAAAUACAGACAAUGGGACCACCAAUAACCUUGUAACUACAGACAAUGGUACCACCAAUAACCUUGUAACUACAGACAAUGCUACUACCAAUAAGCUUGUAACUACAGACAAUGUAAAGCCCGGAGAGAAAUCUUUCACAGAGUUAAAAGAUUUCAUUCAAAAACAUCAUCACUCAAAACCAUCUGAAAUCGUUCAACAGUUCACAUUCAACAGUCGAUUUAGAGCCCAAAGCGAGACGGUAGCUGUGUAUGUGUCUGAGCUUAGGCGGCUGGCGGAAGAUUGUAAUUUUGGGGAUACAUUGAAAGUGAUGUUACGGGAUAGGCUUGUCUGUGGGAUAAAGGAAGACAGAAUACAACAUAGACUACUGUCGGAAUCUGAAUUGACAUUCGAGAAAGCUAUGAAAAUGGCGGUGGCGUUAGAAAUGGCGGCAAAAAAUGUAGCAGAUUUACAGUCUAAGCAAGGUCAAGGUCGGUCACAAGAAGUAAACAAAAUCCAGGGACGUAAGGGACCUAUAGGGGAAAAAAAGGUUCAGUAUACACUGGAAGACCAGUUAAUCAAGAUAAAGAGGAAUGUUUUCGAUGUGGAAAACAUCAUCCGCAUGCUGUCUGUAGAUAUAAAGACACUGAAUGCUAUGGAUGUGGAAAAGUGGGACAUUUGA